AUAAAGCCUUGGUGGUAGACUGUUCUGCAUCUUCUCCCUAUCUGAAUCAAGCGGACUGACCUCGUCGGUGUAAUCCAUUCGUCAUGAAGGUGCUGGCUUCUCUCCUGGCUGUGUGCGUGCUGGCAGCCGUGGUGUCGGCGGCCCCCAACUGCCCGCAGUACGACGGCUCCACGCCCGUCUUCUUCCCUGACGAGAACGACAGCAGCAGUUUCUACGAGUGCAGCAACGGCAGGUCCGUCCACAUGGCCUGCCCCACUGGCACCGUCUGGAACUCCAACAUCAACACCUGCGACUGGCCACAGUCCAGGAAGUAGAAGGCACCGGACGAUCGGCUCUCUCUCAUUCGACAUUACUUGGCAUGAUGAUGAAAAUGUACUACAAUAGCUUUCACAAUGUUCUAUAAUGUAACAGUUGAUUUUGAAUAAACAGCAACGACAAAAUUAUU